AUGUCUGACCAGUCCAUCGUCUUCACCAAGAACGCCCCGGCCCCCGUCGGCCCUUACUCCCAGGCCGUCAAGACCCCCACCGCCAUCUACUGCUCCGGCCAGAUCCCCCUCAACCCCGAGGGCGUCCUGAUCGAGGGCAACAUCACCCAGAAGACCAAGCAAUGCAUCUCCAACCUCGAGGCCGUCCUCAAGGAGGCCGGCUCUUCCAUUGCCAAGGUCGUCAAGGUCAACAUCUUCCUCGCCGACAUGGGUGACUUUGCCGAGAUGAACGGCGAGUACGAGAAGUGGUUCACCCACAAGCCCGCUCGCAGCUGCGUCGCCGUCAAGACUCUGCCCAAGAACGUCGAGGUUGAGAUUGAGGCUAUUGCCCUUCCUUAA